CGCGGUGCACUGUGGGAUGCUGGAGGCCUCGCGUCGGGGCAGGAAGGAAGGGGGGGUGUCAUGGCGACGAAUAUCGAGCAGAUCCUUCGGUCCUUUGUGGUCAGCAAAUUCCGGGAGAUCCAGGAGGAGCAGCAGCAGCAGCACGGCGGUGCAACGGUGGAAGGCCAGCCCAAUGGUGACACGAUCCCAGCUGAGCAGGCCGGGCCUUCCGAAGCCUCUGGAGCUGCUGGGAGUUGUCAGAGUGAUCAGAUAGUGCAGAAAAUAGAGGAAGUGCUCUCUGGAGCCCUCGGGACAGAGCCACAGUGCAACCCAGAUGUAGACAAAAAUACUGUGAAAAAUAGUGCUCAGUCUACAAAAAGGAGCUCUACUGGUGAAGAUGAAAUUCCUAGGAAAAAAGCAAAGAAAAACAAGAAGCACAAAAGCAAGAAGAAGAAGAAAAAGAAGAAGAAAAGGAAGAAAGAGAAAAAGCAUAAAAAGCAACCAAAGGAAUCCAAGUUGAGUGCACAUCCUGGAGAGCCUGCAGGUGUGCAGCCGGCCCCUCACUUGGUGCCAGAGCAGUCCAGCUCCCAACUGAAUGUACAGCAUGGAGUGUUUGCAGAUGCAAACCUGGCUGGCCACGUGCAGCCAGAACUGUGCUCCAAACCAGCUGAGGGGCUUGAUAAUCAAGCUUUAGGACUUGUUUCUCAUUCAGUGACUGAUUCUCAGCAAUCUGCAGAAAAUCUUGGAAGUGGGGAGGGGACUUUGUGUGCAGCAAAUCCUCCAUUUAAUUUAGAAAGCAUCCAGUCUAAUAUCCCAGAAAAUACUAGUAUAGCUCAAACUAGAAUUUGCACUAGCGAAGAACAAAUUCAGCAGUCCCAUGAAAAUAUUUAUCCUGUAGCUAUUAAUGCCAGUGUUGUUGAUACUGGAAAUAAUACUUGGUCCAGCAUCCCAUCUGGAAUUGUCAGUAAAUCUGAGAUUCAGAAAGAUUCAGUAGAAGCACUAGGAGGUGCAGAAGUCACUCUGAAAUCUCAAGGCAUUGGGGAAGUAAAAGCUUCGGACGCAGCUCUGGAGCCUGAGACCAUGGAGGUGUUGACUUACUCGGAAGCGUCUCAUCAGUCUGUGUCUCAAAGGGCAGCACAGGGGCUGGAAACAGCUUCAGAAUCCGUGUCCUUGGCAAGUGGUGUGACAACAACUCCUGCACCUGCAAAUUGGGCACAUCCAAGUGCUGUGAGUGUAGCUCACGUGUCUGUGGCUGGCCAAGAAGUGAAAAUUCCAGAAACAACUGAAAAAUCCCUGCACAUGGGAAAUGUGAGAAGUGUGGAGAGACCUUCGGAAGUGGGGGCUGUGAUCAGAACUUUGGAGCCCUCCCUGCAGCCCACAGUUAUAUCUGGGAGUUUGAGCAUGACGCAGGGCAGCCCUCUGGACGCUUCCAGUGUUCUGAAAGCAGGUGUACCUUUGCAACAUCCUAUGACAAUAUCUGCAGCCGCCCCUGUGACCCACGUGGAAAUAAGUGCCAAAACACCUCCAGGACCAGGAGCCGUUGCAAAAAUGAAGGAUACAGAACCAGCUAUGGGAAGUGUGAAAGUUUUAGAAACAACUAUGGAACCUGUGGGUGUUGUAGCAAAAGAUGUCAGAGCAGCUCAUGAAAGUCUGCAAGGCAAAAGUGUGGAAGGUACCACUGGUUCUGCAACAGCACUGGGUACAUCAGGAAUGUUCCUACAACAUGGAGUCUUGGCAGAUACAAGGAGUGUGGACAGAGCCCGGGGAUCUGCAGUUCCAGCAGGAUUGACAGGUAUGAACGUGGUUGCAGAGGCAAAAGGAUUAGGAGCAACUUCAGAACCUGCAGUGGUUGUACAGACCUUCAUUCCCCAAACAGCUCCAGAAGUCCAGAUGGCAGAGGGUUUUAGAAGUCCACAAGCAAAGGAUUCAGAAGGUACUUCAUUGCUGAGAGAAUCAAGACCUGAGAGUGAAUCACAUGUGAGAGGUUUGGCAGCUUCCCUGUCUUUGCAGAAGGAAAACACACAAGGUCCAGGAGGAGUCCUGAGACCAGCAGCUGUAGUGGAAGCAAGAACUUUUACAACAACUUCAAUGUCCUUACAUGUAGAAGGUGUGAAAGCUUCAGAAGAAGCUAUGCAUUGUGGGACUGUUGCAAGUCCAGGACUUCCUGCCUUAGAAAGAAUUCCUCAACCUGUGGUUGCAUGUGAAAGCGUGGAACCAGUUAGAGAGGCUGAGGCAUCAGCAGGGGUGAUGCCAUGGCAAGCCACAGCAGAAAGAGAACCUCUCCAUGCAAGCCAGACAGAGAGUUCCAUCAUGGCACAGUCUCAGAUCAUGACACACACAGGACCCUCACAAACUGAGGUGCUGAGGAAGAGAAAGGAUUCGGAACAUGUUCCAGAAACAGAGGCAAGGAGCAGAGAAGCAAUCCUGGAAACUGUGCGAACUUCAGAAGCCAGUUCAAAAUCUAUUCAGGAGCAAAUAGUAGGUCAUUCAGCAGCAGUAUUGGAGUCUUUGCCCAGAGUGGAAGAAAACAGUAUGGCGUCAGGAGUACUGACAGCAUUGGCAGAUAGGCAAACUCAGGGAUCUGCUGUAGAACAUGAAAUUGCAGCAAGGAGGACCAGCACGCAAGGAAAUGAGCUCUCAGAAAUGGAGAAAGCAAAAUACCUGGAGCCAGCAUCAGAAACUGGAGGAGUGAGGUGUUUGCAGAGCAUGAAAGAGUCUUCAAUGGUAGAGGUGAAAGGUUCUGAAACAGGUGAAGAGCUUGAGGUACCCAUGGGUGAUGCUUCAGCAGCUGUUCCAGAGUACUUGCAUGCUGAAAAGCAACAAGAUCUUCAAGUAGUUCUAGAAGCAAAACCUGCUGCAGAAUGGAAGAGUUCAGAAGAGGCUCCAGAAAUCUUGGGUGCUUCUGAAAUAAAAUCUUCUGAAGCAGUUCCAAAACCAGGGGAUGUGAAAGGCCUGGAAACCACGCUGGAACAUGAAGUGACAGCCGAGGUACAAUAUGUAGAAGGAGUACAGAGUCAACAGGUGGAGGAUAUGGUGAUUGAGAAGGAAGAUGCGGAGCAGAGUCAAACAUCUGAGCCUUUAGUAGCAGAAACAGUUUAUAGUUCUUCACAUGCAGCAGAGGAAAAAGUUUCAGCAGAGGCUCCUGUAGCAGAGACACAAGAUUUAGAAACAGCUCCUCAGACUGAUGUAGAGCUGAAAGAUGCAGAAGCAGCUGUAGCGUUGGAGGCAGAGACAAAAGAUUUGGAAGCAGCUCCAGUACCUGAGACUGAUGCAGAAGGAGGUCCAGAACUUAUAGAGGAAGGCCAGUUGGAAGACACUCCAGAGGCUGAGGAUGUCAAAGAAGCAACUCCCGAAGAGGACUCAGAGAAAAGAGACUCUGAAACAUCUGAUGUGCAACCUGAUGUGGCGGCACGAAUGAAGGAGACUCUCAUGAGGCUUGAGAAUGUUAUUGAAAAAAGUAGUCAUAGAACCAGUGAGAAAAAACAUGAUUCAAAGAAACAGAAAAGGAGCCGUUCCAAGUCUCAGUCCAGGUCUAGGAAGCGGAAGAAAAAAUCAAGGUCACGUUCAACGUCCCGGCGUUUGACCUCUAAAAGAGCGCGUUCUAGGAGCAGAAAUUACUCAGUUUCCAGAAAAAAGCAUUCCAAAUCUAGGUCCCGAUCUUUGGAGAAGAGGGAGAGAAGAAUGUCUUCCCGGCGGUCCAGGCGCAGACAUUCUAGGUCAUCUGACCGUUACAGGUCUAAAUCCAGAUCAGCAGAAAAGAGAUUGUCCAGACGGAGACGUUCCAGGUCAUCUGACCACUACAGGUCUAAAUCCAGGUCAGUGGAGAAGCGGCUGUCCUCCCGAAGGUCCAGACGCAGACGCUCCAGAUCAUCUGACCGCUACAGAUCCAAGUCCAGGUCAGUGGAGAAGCGAUUGUCCUCCCGAAGAUCUGGGCGCAGACGUUCCAGGUCUUCCGACCGCUACAGGUCUAAGUCGCGGUCAGUGGAGAAGCGGCUGUCCUCCCGAAGGUCCGGGCGGAGACGUUCCAGGUCAUCCGACCGCUACAGGUCUAAGUCACGGUCAGCAGAAAAGAGGUUGUCCUGGCGAUCCCGCCGCAGACAUUCCAGGUCCUCUGACCGUUCAAAAUCUAGAUCCAGGUCUUCAGAAAAGGGAGGAGGCAAAGAAUACUCCUGGAGGUUUAGACAUCGGUCUGGUUCCUCUGAUCGUUCAAAAUCCAGGUCGAGAUCUGUUGAGAAAAGAGGUCGGAAGGCAUCUGUACGGAGGUCCAAACGUCAGCGCUCAAAGUCCUCAGAUCGCUACAAGUCUCGAUCCAGGUCAGUAGAAAAAAGGGAUCGAAAGCAAUCAUCGCGGAAGUCUAAACGUCAGCGCUCCAAGUCCUCUGACCGUUACAAGUCUAGAUCCAAAUCAGUGGAAAAAAAGAAGGAAUCCUCACGAAAAUCCAAGCGUCGACGCUCAAAAUCUUCUGAACGUUACAAGUCCAGGUCUAGGUCUGUCGAAAAAAAGCGCAAGGAGUCUUCAAAAAAAUCCAAACGGAAACGUUCCAAGUCCUCUGACAGUGUUAAGUCAAGGUCCAAAUCUGUAGAAAAAAAAGAUAAGUUAUCCUCAGCAAAGUCCAGUAGCAAACAUGUAGAGUCUUCUGAACUCCAGGAAUCAGCCAAAGGUCUUGAUAAAGAUGUUCCUCAAUCUUUUGAAAGUGAAGGUAAAUCCUCUAAUGGUCCCACAUCAGUGGCUUUGUCUGACGAAGGAGUAAACGGCCCAGUCCUGCCACCAUCAUUUGGAAGUGGAUUAUCCAAAACUUCAGAGAGCCUUGAGGAAAGGUCAUCUGUUGAAAAAACAGCAGAUAUGCAGCAUUCUGCCACAUCUGAAUUUGAUACCUCCAAAGCCCCAGAUGACCAGGAACUGAGAUCCACAUCUGUGGAAAAAACACAGGAUUCAGAGCUGUCUGUGACAUCUGAAAAUGGAUCAACUGAAAAAGCAGCAGCUUUGGAGUCUUCAUUGCUACCUGAACUUCCAUACUCCACAUCCAAGUCCUCAUCUGUUGAAAAAAGGGGAGAACUAGAAACUUCUUCAGUAGCAGAAAUUCAUGUCUCUGCAUCCUGUGAAGAUGAGGCCAGAGCUGCACCUCUGAAAGAAGUAGAAGGUCCAGAGCUUCCUCCAGAUCUUAAAAGAGACAUGCAAAUUCAGUCAUCUUCUCUGCAGUCCGAAGGUGGGCUCUCCAACUUGUCUGAUGGUCACGAAUCACGUCAUAUCCCUGGUGAACACACAGAGUUUUCACAGGUUCUGCAAGUACCUGAACGUGAGUCUUCCCAGCUGGCUGACAGCCCUGGAGCAGUGGAAGCUCAGAGGCCUUUUCUGCCACCUGAAAUGAUCCGCCCUGUGAUCCCUGAUGGCUGUGAGUCAGGCCAGAUGCAGGAGCCUUCUCUGCCUUCUGAUGGUGGACACUUUGUGUCUCCUGAUGGACAUGGAUCAGGAUCCAGCUUCGCUGCACCAAUAGAGGAGCAUCCAUUGUCUGCAGGCGAGUCCUUUAAGUCACCACAUGGAAAUGAACAAAGAUUUUUGUCUGUUGAAAAAGUCAAGACUCCAGAUGUUUCCCUGACAUCUGUGUGUGGUUCUGUUGAGGUGUCCGCCGACAUCAUUUCAGUGUCUUCUUUUGAAGUGCAUGAGUCCAGAUCGUCUGUUGACAAAGCUUUAGACGGUCCAACGCUUCCACAGGUGCUUGACGUUGACUGCUCCAGAUCUUUGGAAAUGCAUGAAUCAAGAUACCUAAGUGGAAAAAUAGACGGUGCAGGAUCUUUGGUGAUGUCUAAAAGUGGGAUUCCCAUAUGCCACGAUGGCCACAAAGCAAAGUACAACUCCUUUGAGCAAACAGAGAGUGCAGAAUUGUCAGUGGCAUCUGAGCUCCGGUGUUCCAUCUUACCUGAAGGCUAUAAAUUGACAUCUGCUGCAGUUGAAAAAGUGGAGAUCCAGAAGCCUUCUCUCUCAUUGGAAAGUGGCUUCUCCAUGUCUGCUGACAGGUGUGAAUCAGUGGGCACACCUGAAAAACUACAGUCCCCAGUGACUGCUGUGGCAUCGGAAGGUGAGGUUCUGCUGUUGCCCGACAGUCAUGAGCUGAAACCCGUCCCUGCAGAAAAAGCAGAAAUGCUGAAUUCAUCCGAACUGAAACACCUGGCAUCCCCUGAUGGCUACAAGCUGAGAUCUGCCUACAGUGAAGAAGUACAGGUGCAGGAGCCCUUUCUGAAACGGGAAAGCAGGUGUUCUGUUGCCUCCGAUGGUCAUGAGUUGGCAUCCACCACUUUUGAAAGAGCUGAGGAGCCUUCUCAAGUGUCUGAAAAUGAGUACACAAUGGGGCUUGAUGGCCCAGAGUUGACAUCAACCCCUGCUGAAAAAACGGAGCUGCGGAAGCUUUAUCAGAUGCCUGAAGAAAGAUAUCUGGAGUCCACUGACAGCCAGGACCUACAGUCACCCUCUGCUGAAGAGACACAGGUACAACAGCCUGCUCUGGUAUCUGAAAAUGAACAUGCCGUGUCCUGGGUGGGCCAGGAGUUGAGGUCCAGCUCUCCCGAGAAGGCAGAGAUGCAGGAGGAGGCUGUGGUUCCAGACAGUGCUGUGUCUUCUGAAGAUCACAGAUUGCCCUCUUUCUUGGCUGGAAAACCAGAUGUGCAGGAACGUUCUCUGCUGCCUGAAAGUGAAUAUGGUGAGUCUCCUGUGGGCCAGGAGGUGACGGCCAGCCCUGCUGAGAAGGAGGUGCAAGAACCUUCUCUGACACCUGGCAGUGAAUGUUCCAUCUUCCAUCAAGGCCAAGUACUGCAGUCUGGCCCCACUGAAAGCACAGCAGUGCAAGAGCCAGUGCUGGUCCCAGACAACCAAUACGCUGCAUCUCCCAAGGGGCAGGAGCUGCUCUGUGCUUACGCUGAAAAAGCAGAGGUGCAGGAGUGUUCUUUGCUGUCUGAAAACGAGUAUGAGUCAUCCCCCAAAAGGCAUCAUUUGAGAUCCAGUCCUGUUGAAAAAGAAUUGGAGGAGCAUUCUCAAGCAUCUGAAAGUUCAAUAUCCACUGAUAGCCAGGAGUUGCAGCCUGCUGUUGCUGGAAAAACAGAGGGGCAGGAGUUGUCCUUGUCUGAAGGUGAAUGUCCCAUGACUCCCGAAGUUCAGGAGCUGCAGUCCAGCCCCGCUGAAAGAGUACUAGCCAAGGAACAUUCUCUGACAUCUGAGCAUACUCUGUCACCUGAAAAGUACGAGUCAAGAUCGGUGCGUGCUGAGGAAACAGAGGGUGUGGAUUCUACUCUGACAGCUGAACGUGACCAUCUCUUUUUCGAGAGCCAGGAGGUGAGUUUCGCCUCUCUUCAGAAAACAGAUGUGCGGGACCAUUCUCCAACACCUGAAAAUGAACAUGGAGCAUCUCCUGAUGGGCAGGAGUUGAGAUUCACCACUGUUGAAAAAGUAGAUAAUCUGGAACCUUUGACACCGAAUGAUAGAGCUUCCAUGUCCCCUGAUGGCAGCGACUUGAAUUCCAUCCCUGUUGAAAAGGUGGAUCAUGCAAUGCCUUCUUUAAUGCCUGAAGGGCGUUCAGUGUCUCCUGAUAACUGCAGUGUGGGCCCUGGUGAAGAAACGGGGGAUCUGGAGCCCUCUUUGAGAUCCGAGCGUAGAUACUCCACAUCCUCCUAUCAGGAAGGUCAUGAGCCAAGGUCUCCCGUGGAAGAAGAGGGUCUGGAGUCCUCUGUGACUUCUGAACAUAGACAAUCCCUGUCCCCUGAGGGACAUGACCAGAAGUCUACUGCAGAUGAAGAAAUGGAUGAUCUGGAUAGGCGUUCCACUUCCCCUGAUGAGCAUGAGUCAAGAUCUAGCAUUGGUGAAGAAGCAGAGGAUCUGGAGCAGCCUUUGACAACAGAACGUAGGUGCUCUGAGUCCUCUGAUGAGCACGAGUCAAGGUCAACCACUGGAGAAGAGGCAGAGGAUGCAGAGACCUCCUUGGCAGCUGAAAGAAGGGACUCCAUAUCCUCUGAUGACCGUGAGUCAAGGUCUGCUGCUGGGGAAGAUGUAGAAGAUGGGGAGCCCUCCUUGACAGCUGAACGUAGACACUCCACAUCUUCUGAUGACCAUGAGUCGAGGUCUUCAGCUGAUGAAGAAGCAGAGGAUGUGGCAGCUGAACAUCGCUCUGUGUCUCCUGAUGGACGCGAGUCAAGGUCAACCGUUGGUGAGGAAGCAGAGGACCAGGAGCUCUCCUUGACAGCUGAGCGUAGACAUUCCACGUCUUCAGAUGAACAGGAGUCAAGAUCUACUGCUGGUGAAGAUGCAGAGGAUGUGGAACCCUCCUCGGCAGCUGAACAAAGAGAUUCCACCUCAUCAGACGAGCAAGAGUCAAGGUCUACUGCUGGUGAAGAAGCUGAGGAUGUGGAACCUCUGACAGCUGAACACAGACGUUCUGCAUCCCCUGAUGGGGCUGAAUCGAGGUCUACCACUGCUGAAGAAGAAGGAGAGGAUGCAGAGCCCUCCGUGACAGCUGAACAAAGAGAGUCCACAUCAUCAGAUGAGCAUGAGUCAGAAUCUUCCAGUGGUGAAGAGGAGGGAGAGGAUGCAGAACCUUCUUUGGCAGAUGAGGAAAAGCAGGAUUCCAUGCCUGUUGAGCAGUCAGAGGAACAGGACUCUUCCUUUGUCCCUGAAAGCAGACGUUCUGAGUCUUCCGAGUGUGAAAAAUCCAGAUCCAAAUCUGUUGAUAAAGCAUCUGACAGAGAGUCUCCGCAGAGAUCUCUAAGCAGACACUCAAAGUCUCCUGCUCACCAGAAGAGUCGAUCCACAUCUGUGGAGAAAACAGCAGACAAAGAGUCUGUGCGAAGGUACAGACGGAGACGCUCCAGGUCCACGGCUCGCCAGAGGAGCCAGUCAACAUCUGUAGAGAAAACAGCAGAGAAGGAGUCCUCACGCAGGUCCCGGCGGAGACGCUCCAGGUCCGCUGCUCGCCAGAGGAGCCAGUCCAAGUCUGUGGAGAAAGCGGCAGACAAAGAGUCAUCGCGCAGGUCCAGAAGCCGGCGCUCCAGGUCCUCCCAGCGCAGGUCCAAGAGAUACGACACGGACUCGCGCUCCAGACGGAAUCGCUCCAGGUCAGCCACACGGAGAAGAGCAUCCAGAUCUCGGUCCAGCUCCUUGUCACGUUCCAGGCACAGGAGGAGAAGCAGGUCGAGGUCGGCGUCACGAAGGCGGCGUUCCUUGUCCAGAGACAGGCGCAAGAGGUCUCAGCGAAACAGAUCGAGGUCUACGGACAGGAGAAGGAGAAGAUCCGACUCCAGAGACCGUAGGAUAUCGCUCCGAUUGCGGAGCAGGAGUCGGACCCCUCUUCGGCAGAGGCGCUCGCGGUCCAGGGGGAGGAGACGGAGCUCCAGCAGGUCCCCGAUCCGGCUGCGGCGCUCGCGCUCCUCGGGGAGAAGGCGCUACAGCAGAUCCCCCGACCGGCGCCGCUCCAGGUCCUCGGAGUUCUCCAGCAGGUCACCCAAACGUCUUACAGACCUGGACAAGGCCCAGCUACUUGAGAUCGCCAAGGCCAACGCGGCCGCCAUGUGUGCGAAGUCUGGCGUGCCCCUGCCCCCGAGCCUGAUGCCUCUGCUGUCCCAGAAGAAGGAUGACAAAGCCAACCAGAAGUCCUCGAGGGACACCCUGAAGGAGCUCACUGAGAAAUGCAAGAAGAUUGCUCAGAGCACUGAUGAUGUGAUAGUGAACAAGCCUCACGUUUCUGAUGAAGAGGAGGAAGAACGUCCUUUCUAUAACCAUCCUUUCAAGCUGAGUGAACCCAAACCUAUUUUCUUCAAUUUAAGUACUCCCAGCAUAAAACCAGCACCACCACCCCAACCAAAAAACCAGGUCAGCCUGUCCAAGGAAUUCCCUGUUUCCUCUGGGUCUCAGCAUAGGAAGAAGGAGGCAGACAGUGUGUAUGGAGAGUGGGUCCCCGUGGACAAAAACGGCAAAGACGACGGCAAGGACGAUGUUUUCCCCAAGCCAGCCAUUGAGUGUGUGGACAUAACCACAGCCAUGAACGACAGAGCAGUGGCCCAGAAAAGGCUCAAUGAGAACUCCUUUGACCUGGAGGCCAUGUGCAUGCUGAACCGGGCACAGGAGCAGAUCGACGCCUGGGCUCAGUCCAACUCCAUCCCCGGGCAGUUCACGGGCAGCACCGGAGCGCAGAUCCUGUCCUCGGACGAGCUCACCAACAGCGGGCCCCAGGCGUGGAUCCGAAAGGAUCAGUUCUUAAGAGCAGCCCCUGUAACUGGAGGAAUGGGAGCUCAGCUGAUGAGGAAAAUGGGCUGGAGAGAAGGAGAAGGGCUUGGGAAGAACAAGGAAGGCAGCGUUGAGCCCAUCAUGGUGGACUUCAAGACAGAUCGAAAAGGGCUUGUUGCUGUGGGAGAGAAGGCCCAGAAGAGGUCCGGCCAUUACGUGGUGAUGAAGGAUCUUUCAGGGAAGCACCCGGUGUCUGCGCUGAUGGAGAUCUGCAACAAGAGGAGGUGGACGCCCCCCGAGUUCGUGCUGGUGGACGACAGUGGGCCUGAUCACCGCAAACAUUUCAUCUUCAAGGUGAGAGUCAAUGGCAACGAGUACAGGCCCACCUUUGCCAGCCUUAACAAGAAGCACGCGAAAGCCACGGCGGCCACGGCGGCGCUGCAGGCCAUGGGACUCGUACCAAAGGAAAGCAUGGUCAAUACCACCAUGUUCAGGAGUGCCUCACACCGCUAAGCUUGGCUUUACUGGGACACUGGUUCUGAGCGUUUUACUCUGCACAAGAAAUGGUAUUUGCCCCUCUCAUGUUGUAAAUACAUCGGCGAUUCCCACCUUGUAAAAACUGUACAGGCACCCACAGGUUUUUCUUUUGUACCAUCCAAAUGUAUUUAAAUCAUACUUAGUUUUUGGUAUGUUUAUAUUGUUUACAUUAGUGAUGUAAUUAUUUCUUAAACGACUAAAUCAGACGACAGACUCUGGAGGCAUCAGAAAUCCAGACCCUUGGCUGAAGCUCCUGCAGUUCCUCUCCUGUCAGAGCGUUGACCCUUUGAUACAGUUUUCUAGUGGCUGCAGAGUUCCCUGGGCUCGGGGAGGUGCUGGGGACACCCGGGGGCCGUGCCCGGGCUCUGCCCCUCGGUGCCACCCGUGCCCAGGACGGCCGGAGCCGCGGGCGCUGCCGGAGGGACGCGGAGGCUCGGACACCGCCCGGCCCAGCCUGGCCCCAGGAGGGGGCUGGGGCUGCUCUUCCCAACCAGUGAAUCCACUGCCUGAUGCUGAUUGUACGGAUUUGUGGUUCAUGUGAAUUUUAAACUCUUUAACAAAUCUACAACUGGAUUUGGGGGGAGGGAGGGGGUAGAAUGACGCUUCAAUUGUUGUACCCAACUUGGUCAAUAAAGCAGCACAAGUUCAUAAUCUUCACCCCUGGUCAGUAAACAGUAAUUCCAACGGAUGCCAAGCCAGGAAACGGGAAUUUAAACACGCCAAAACGCCUUCUGCAAGGAACACGAGAUACGGAAGUGGCUUUGUGAGGAUUCCCAACAGCCAUGGGGAUGGCAGGAGCAGGUCUGGUUGGUCGUGUUUGCUUUGAACUGUUACGAAAUAACUCCUUGGGAUGAAAUGUUCCCAGAAGGAUCCUCUGCCCUCGAGGAGCCUGAUCCAGAGUUUGGGCAGUUGGACAGCAGAGAGGAUGUAGAAAGCUUUUCCUGCUUUUAUUUUAUUUUUUAUUUAAGAAGCAUUAAUCUUUGAUCUGUGUGCACGUGGGAUUGGAAGGGGCAGCGCAGCCUCCCUGAGGGAUCUGAGUUAGGAGCAGGCUGCCAGGAUUUGUGCCCUGGGGUCAUCCAGGCGCUUGUCCCAGACAAGUCUUGGUGAGGUGUGAGCCUGAGCUGGGUUUGGGGACAGGACAAACCCAGCCAGGCUGCUCAGGCCUCUCAUGAGGGACCCUUUGGCCUUGUGUCCAUGGAGCUGAGGAAUUCCUGGUACCUGGAGCCGUGUGGAUCCCGUCAGUGUCACAGAACGUGGUGUCUCCUUGCUCUGCAGGGACAAGGGUCGGUGUUUCCUGUGCAGCAGGGAGUUGGGGUUGGUUUGGAGUCAGAAAAGCCCCUCUGAGUCUGUCCAAGCGCUCCGAAAAUGCUUCAGUUGAUCUUCAUUUCAUGGACGUUGUUGUCUUGAAUUAAACUUUUUUCCCUUUGGC